GACAUGACCAUCGUUCAAAAGGGAAUCGAAGGCUUCCCCCCGCUGAACUUUUCUUAUUCUUGAUAAUAUUCAUAAUAUCCACGCUCAAUCUAUACUUUUGAGAAUCCCUUCUAUUAAGACUACUUAAAUACGAAGGGAAAGAAGUUUUAGAUAUUGAGGCUCCUGUUUGUCAGCAUACGCGUACCGCGUAACUAUCUAUUUUGGCGAUAUAGGAAGAAAUCAUCGAACGAUUCUUGACGGUCAAGAAAAACACGUUUAUAUAUAUUCAUUAUUUUCAAGAGUUUUCAGAGCGACAAAUCACAAGGCUAGGAAAAUGGAACCUACCUCUGUGGUUAAAAAGGCUACCCCUUCAUCCGUCUCCAAAUCUUCUAGAUUGCACAGUUCAACCAACGACAGAACCAAGCCAGACCCUUCUAUCGACCUGGCUCUUCUACGCAAACCACUUUCACGUGUCGCCACGCAUCCCACUCUCACGCCGUUUCGGCGGCGGGUCUACCGUACGCUCCUCUCUGUGCCCCACGGCCGCUGGACAACAUACUCCGCAUUAUCAAACCAUCUCAACUCCGGGCCACGCGCAAUCGGGAAUGCCAUGAAAACCAACCCAUUUGCGCCGGCUGUGCCGUGUCACAGGGUGCUGGCGACGGACCGGACGUUGGGCGGAUACAAGGGCGCGUGGAAUAAUGGCGGCGAGUACUCGGUAGAGAAGAGGAAGUUGUUGGACGGCGAGGGAGUUGAAUUUGAUGAAAAGAACAGGGCGAGAGGGGAUUGUUUCGUUGAUUUUGUGGAUAUGGGAAGUAUUUAGGCUUAAUUCCUUUCGCGUUGGCUGUCUGAUUGGUCUGUUAGUGAUUCUUGGAGAUGCAAACUGUUAACCGUUCAAAAUAUAACAUGAUAUUGAAA